GAGCAAAGAGAACCUCAUGGCUCUCUCUCCCUUCCUCUUCAUGAUCACAGCAUUCCUCCCCUUGUUGCUAUUAGCAUCAUCAACAAAGCUCGGCAACUUCACUGACCUCAACUAUCUAUUAGAUUUCAAAUCUCAAAUGACCGAUCCUUUGCGCAUUCUGGAUUCAAACUGGACAACCGACACCUCAUACUGCACUUGGAUCGGUGUCAGCUGCAGCCGACGACAUCCCCAGAGAGUUUCAUCACUCAAUCUCUACAACUUCUCAUUACAGGGAACCAUCCAUCCUUCUAUCGGCAAUCUCUCAUUCUUAUCUUUCCUUGACCUCAGCGCCAACUCUCUCUUUGGUAUAAUUCCUGAAUCUUUAGCCCAACUUACUCGACUUAAGUUUCUUGCCUUAGAGCAAAAUUCGCUAAUGGGGUCUAUUCCUAUCGGCAUUUUCAACGUGUCUUCGUUAGUUACAGUCUCCUUCCUAUCUAAUAGUCUGUCAGGUUCUCUCCCUUAUAAUCAGAGCUUUAUGCUCCCCAGGCUAAAGUUUUUCUCUGUAUCAGCAAAUUUGUUGACAGGUAAGACACCUGUCAGCUUUGCUCGCUGUCAGAACCUGCAGACACUGUCACUGUCUAAUAAUUCUUUUACUGGAAUUAUACCAACUGAGCUUGGCCAAUUAUCAAAGUUGACAGGGUUAUCUCUCUCUGGAAACCAACUUAUUGGAAAAAUUCCAAUCUCUCUUGGCAAUCUGACUGAGCUUUUAACGUUAGACCUGAAUUUUAACAAGCUUGAAGGAAACAUUCCUGGAGAACUGGCGGGCUUAUUGAACCUGCAAUUUCUAAACCUGGCAAGAAACAAGCUGACAGGUUCGAUACCGCUAGCUCUCUUGAAUGUUUCAUCUCUUAGUAUCCUCUCUCUUUCUGCCAAUAAUCUCACUGGAUCCGUGCCUGCUUCUAUUGGGUAUUCUCUGCCGCUACUUAAAACUUUGUUUUUGGGCCAGAAUCAAUUAUCUGGAGGGCUUCCAUUCAUAAAUUCUCUUUCCAAUUGCAAGAGUUUAGUGUCUGUUUCAUUAGUGAACAAUGAGCUGGAUGGUGUUCUUCCAGAUUCAGUAGGAAAUCUCUCAGCGACUCUUCAGAAUUUUAACUUGGCAGACAACCAUAUAAGAGGAAAUAUUCCUGCAGCAUUUGGGAAUCUGAGCAGUCUCCUCCUUCUUUCUCUAGCAAGAAAUGAGCUGAAUGGAGAAAUACCCAUUGGUCUUAUGAGAUCAAAGACACUUCAGGUAUUGCACUUGGUCGAUAACAAAAUAAACGGAUCAAUUCCAUCUGAGCUCGGUUUAUUAACAAGCUUGAAUACCCUAAAUCUUCAACAAAAUGCACUCUCUGGACCAAUACCGAGCACAUUGGCAAAUAUGAGGGGCUUACAGUCUUUGUUAUUAUCUGGAAAUAUGUUAUCAUCAAGAAUUCCCAAGAGCUUGGGAAACCUGAGAGGCCUUAUUGCUUUGGAUCUUUCAAGAAAUUUGCUAGAUGGCUUGAUUCCUGCAGAAUUUGGGAAUUUGGGGGCUUUAAACGCAAUGGAUUUGUCGAAGAAUCAGCUCACAGGUACAAUUCCAAGUAACUUAGGGGGCAUGGAGAUGGUUAGCUCUCUAGAUCUUUCUAGUAACUCAUUAGAUGGUCAGAUUCCUCAAUCUUUGGGUAAACUGCUCAAUAUUGAGUAUAUGAAUCUUUCGUAUAAUUUCCUAUCCGGUGUCAUACCCAAAACCUUUGGAACUCCUCGUUAUCUAAGUGUUUUAGACCUCUCUUUCAACAAAUUGGAAGGUCAAAUUCCACAAGGUAGAGUGUUCUCAAACUCAAGCACUGCAAUUUUAAGAGGAAACGAGGCACUUUGUGGAAAAUCUGAAUUGAAUUUUCCACCUUGUGCAAAAGCUGGUACUACUGGUACAGGGAAAAAACAUUUCUUGAAAUAUAUCAUUCCAGCAGUUGCUGCUGCUUUGAUUCUACUUGCUUUCUUCUUUCUCAUACUUAGAAGGUAUCUAAUGGGUCAAGCCAAGAUUCCUCCUCAAGGGAACACAUUGUUUGCAAAUAACUAUAGAAUGAUUUCAUAUCACGAGCUGGUUCGUGCCACAAAUAAUUUCAGCAAUGCCAACUUAUUAGGAACCGGGAGCUUUGGUUCGGUUUUCAAAGCAAGCUUAGAUGAUGGUUUGGUAACUGCGGUAAAAGUAUUGAGUUUAGAUGUUGAAGGGGCAUCAAAGAGCUUCGACGUAGAAUGUAGCGCUUUGAGCAUGCUUCGUCAUAGAAAUCUUGUGAAAAUUAUAAGCACAUGUUCUAACUUGGAUUUCAAGGCUUUGAUCCUCCAAUUUAUGUCAAAUGGAAGUCUUGAGCAAUGGUUGCACUCUCAUUAUCACAAAUUGAGCGUACUCCAAAGGGUGAACAUAAUGGUGGAUGUUUCGAUGGCAUUGGAGUAUCUUCAUCAUCAUCAUCAUUAUGUUGUUGUUCAUUCUGAUAUAAAGCCAAGCAAUGUGUUGUUGGAUGAGAACAUGACUGCAUAUGUGAGUGAUUUUGGGAUUGCUAAGCUACUAAUCUCUGGUGGCAAGUCUAUAGUAUCAGCCAGCACAUCGGGGACCAUUGGCUAUAUUGCUCCAGAAUAUGGAAGCUCAGGAAAUGUAACAAGAAGGAGCGACAUCUAUAGUUUCGGUAUUCUUCUGCUCGAAACAUUCACCGGAAAAAAACCAACUGAUGUAAUGUUCAGUGGAGAAUCAAGCCUAAGGCAGUGGGUAAUUAGUGCAUAUCCUGCAAAAAUACUGGAGAUUGUUGAUUUCAAUCUCUUGAGAGAUGAUUCUGUCGAUAUGCAACUAUCUGAAUACUUGAGUAUUGUUCGUCAAUGCUUGACUUCAAUUAUAGAGCUGGGAUUGUCGUGUUCAAGAGAUUUGCCUAAUGAAAGGCUUUUGAUGACAGAUGUUGUUCCAAGAUUGCAGAAGAUAAAAGAGGAAUACUUGUCAAAGUUACGGAGUAGAGUGAACUAGGAUGACAUUAUUGGAGAUGUUACUAAAAUUUGUUUAUUUGGUUCCUAAGUUUAUCAA